CCUCACCAGUCACCACACCUGGGUCAGCAGCAGUCGCCAUUCAACUUCUCUUUGUCACCACAUCAGCCUGGCCUCUAGCACUUUCCACGACUGUCACCCUCCGUUAGACCUUCCCCUUCACCACUCUUCAUCUUGGCAUCACAUCCUACUAGACCAUAUGCCAGAAUACCUCGUCAAGCGUACGGAUCGCCUUCGAGAUGAACAACCCCCAGACUAGGGCAACCGAGAGCCCGUUCUUCGAAAGCCAAUUUCGAACUACAUCCUAUCCUACAGAAACCAAGGUCAUCUCAGCCCUAGCUCUUCUUGUCCUCGGCUACUAUGCCAUCACCUUCCUCGAUGCUUGGCCGUCGACCACGAAGCGAUCCAGCUACGAAUUGUUCCUCUAUCUGUUCCCGUCGCCUCUUCUCUACGCCAUGCAGUAUGUCUUGAUACGCAUCGGACGCCUCACCCGUGACGAAGCCAGGUUCAGUCGAGCCGACUUUGGAAACAUCUUUGCAAAACAGGAGGCUAUGCAGAAGAUCUUUGGACAGCCGCAGAUGCCGCUUGUGCUACGGAAGGUUAGGAGCCUUUCUGGCGUCGGCAACUACAUUUCCUUGAGCAAUGAGAUCGGCCCUCCUGGUCUGGGCAAUUGGGACAACUCUUGUUAUCAAAACAGUGUCCUUCAAGGGCUGGCUUCGAUGCCCGCGUUCUUAGAAUACAUCAAGCAUAGCCUGGAGUUGUGCGACAGGUACAGCGUCUCUGCGGAGACCCAUCGAGCCUUACUCAAUUUCCUUGAGCAGCUCGCCGACUCAAGUUGUCAAAAGACAACUCUUUGGACGCCGGGCGUGCUCAAAUCCAUGGAUAGUUGGCAGCAGCAGGACGCUCAAGAGUACUUCUCGAGGAUCAUGGAUGCUGCCGAAAAAGAGGCAAAAGCAUAUACCAAGCGAUUGAAACGUCCCUCGAAAGCCGGUCUGGAGUGUCUCAAACAUGCAAGAGCAGACAUCGAUCACAACGAUGAGGGCGGUCCUACUAAGCACCUUGGAGUUCCGAACGCAGCUCGAGUCGACAGGGAAACGGACACAACGCCAAUUCAAUUCGAGCUACCCAAUCCCAUCGACGGUAUGACAGCUCAAGCUCUGGAGUGUACAACUUGCGGGUUCACGGAAGGAAUGUCAUUGACGCAGUUCAAUUGCCUGACUUUGAAUCUGGGCCUCCGUGGCCCGACAGAGGUGGAGGAGCUAUUGGAUGAAUACACUGCUCCGGAAGAGGUUGAGGGCGUUGAAUGUGACUACUGCACGAAAGUGGCCCACGGCGAAGUUGACAAGGAGGAUGGUAACAAUCCUAUUGACCCGGAGUCUCAGCCGCAACCGAAGAAAAAGAGACCCGGUGUGCUUCGAACAAAGGCGAAACAGAUUACUAUUGGACGUCUUCCGAGGGAUCUAGUCCUCCACAUCAAUCGCAGCAUCUUCGAUGAUUUUGGAAACCAAUUAAAGAACACCGCCCCAGUCAAAGUCCCUGCAAGGUUGAAUUUCCUGAGUCGGUGGUGUGCGCCAUUGGAAGAGGACGGGGCCGCAAUCGAAGCCGUGUAUGAGCUGAAAUGUAUUGUCACGCACUAUGGUCGACAUGACAAUGGUCAUUAUGUUGCCUUGGGAAAGCGCGGAAAAGAGUGGUACUCUUUCAACGACGAAUUUGUUACCAAUCUUACUGAGGACGAAGUUGUUGCGCGUGGGAAUGGGUUCAUGCUCUUCUACGAAGCCAUGCCAUUCCAAACACAACCAGUAUCUGACACGAAUAAGAACGACAUCUCGGCAGGUUUCAUCGCCGAUAUGCCGGAUAACGAUCCAUCGAUACAGCAAGCAGGCAACACUGAUCCGAAGGGGUCGAAUGAAGAACAACCAGAAGUCGAAGCAUCCGACUCGGAUACUGGCCCUGCAUCGUUCACGGACGGAUCAGAGGAGUCCCCCUCAUGCAACUCCGCAAGCGCUUUCGGUGGAUUUUCAAAGACUGAGGCGGACAUGCAGACUGGAGUUUCUGUGCCACACAUGCGAACGGCCGGCGGAUCGACACUUCAUGAGCAGCGGCAACAAGCUGCACCUCCUGUGGUUUCGGCACUCUGAGGAAAUGUACAUUGACUAUGAAUUAUGACUGAUGAUGAACUCGAAAAGAUACCCCUGGCAUGCUAGCGUUGGUCGAAGGUAGUAGCAUUACUGUCAUGUUGGUUAUGUCAAUCAUAAUGUUGAAACCAGUGUCGUUCUGUGUGACCUCUCAACUGUCCAGGAUGAUUUCAUUACGUAGAUACCCUGUCCACGAUUGUUCGUGGUCCAUCAUCCCAAGUGCCUGUACCUCGAUUUGCGUUUUCCAAAUGCGAUGUGUUACUUAGUAAUCAUGAGACCCUCGAUCUGCGCGCCCAAGAUUAGUAAAAGUAAAAUGCAUAUUAUUUGGAGAUGACGGUUUCCGGCACAUUGAC